AUGGUCAGAGUCGCUAUUGCUGGUGCUUCCGGGAAGCUCGCCCUUGAGGUCAUUGACAAGUUGGCCGCCGCCGGAAAACAUGAGAUCCUUGGAUUGGUCCGCAAGGACCCUUCAUCUCUACCCCAAUUUCAGGGAGUGAGGUACAUCCAGACUUCUUAUCAAGACGAGAAGGAGCUAGUAGAGAUUCUCGACGGUGUUGAGACUGUUCUCUCUUUUAUCGUGGCUCACACCGACCCGAAUGCGGAGACAGCCAAGCGUCUUAUCGAUGCAUCGAUCAAGGCUGAAGUGAAGCGCUUUGCUCCCAGUGAGUGGGCAACAGCGGGCCUAAGGAACAACAACCUGUCUGACGUGAUUGAAUACACGUCUUGGUAUGCCAACAAGUUGGAAGUCAAGAAAUACUUGGAAGACAUCAACAAGAGCAAAAAGGUGAUUGAGUACAGUUUGUUCCAGCCAGGAGCUUUCAUGAACUACUUGGGGUAUCCUCAUCAGACCACCAAGUACUACCAGAUCGAUUAUGCUACCUUCAUAGAUUUCGAGAAGGCUACUGCUUUCAUUCUCGAGGGGUCUGAGAAUGCCGAAAUGUCAAUCACUACCAUCGAAGAUAUUGCGGAGGUAGCCGCACGAGCCGUCGAUUACGAAGGCGAUUGGCCUGUUGUGGGCGGUAUCACCGGCGAUAGAGUCACCAUUGGAGACCUCAUUAAGCUGGGAGAAAAGUAUAGAGGAAAACCCUUCCAGGUCGACAGAUUGAAGCUUGAGGACCUCAAGGCAGGCAUUGUCAAGACAGACUUCGCCCCUGAAAUCGACGUUCCUGGUGUUCCAGCGGAGCAGAAGGAGUACUUCAGCAACGUAGUCGUUAUCGGAGCGACAAUUUCGACUGCUCGAGGCACAUGGGCAACAACUGAUGAGUGGAAUAAGUUGCUUCCUGAAUUCAGACCAACCACCAUUGAGGAGUACCUGCAGAAGACCUGGGGCUCUCAGUGA